AUGUUUCAGUAAGAUUCUUUUGAUUAGGUUGUCCGGAAAGUUCUGCAAUAUUUGAGUAGGUAAACUUUGAAAAAUCAGGAAAAAUUUAUUUCUUGACGGAAAGAAAAAAUUCUUUUUUUGUUUGUUUGUUUGUUACCUAAAUUAUUCAAAAAGGUAAGUUACAUAACUUAAUUUCAUUUUUUUGUAUUGUUUUAGGUAUUAGAAAAAAAUGGAAAUCUCGCCUGCGCGUGAUUAUAUGGAAUGAAUUCAAACGCGGAAAUACUGCGGCAGAAACCUUCAGAAUCAUAAACGAAAAUGAGGGUAAGAAUGUUGUGAGUUAUUCUACGGUGACCAGAUGGUUCGCAAAGUUUCGUGUGGACGAUGAGAAGCUUGAAGACAAACCACGUGCAGGAAGACCCAGCAAACUUGACAAAGAUGCCCUGAGGCGCAAGAUUGAAGAUGACCCACAUAUUACAAUCCGGGAGUUAGAAGAGUUACUAAACUGUGGAAAAAGUACCAUUGAUGAUCAUUUGAAGGCAAUGGGUAUGGUCAAAAAGUUGGACAAAUGGGUGCCUCACAAUUUGACUGAUCUGCAAAAAGCCAAGAGACGGUGUGCUUCCGAAAAGCUUCUGCAACGCUGCAAAAACGAAGAAUUCUUGGAUCGAAUUGUAACUAUUGACGAGAAGUGGACCUCGUUUAACAAUACUAGAAGAUCUACAAGUUGGUGUAAGCGUGGAGAAGCUCCUAAGCCCGUUCCGAAGCCAGAAUUGCACGAAAAGAAGCUUAUGGUGACUGUCUGGUGGUGUAGCUCUGGAGUGAUCCAGUACGAUUUCAUGAAACCUGGCCAAAGUAUUACGGCCGACACCUACUGUGCCCAGAUUGACAAACUGCGGCACAAUCUUCCAACAAUGGUCAGAAGGAGGGGUCCGAUCAUUCUGCAGGAUAACGCACGGCCCCAUGCUGCAAAGAAGACCGUGGCAAAAUUCAGGGAACUGGGAUACGAAGUCUUGGAGCGCCCUCCUUAUUCUCCAGACUUGGCUCCAACGGACUUUCACCUUUUUAAACACUUGUCUUCGUUUCUUAAUGGAAGAAUCUUCAAAACUCCGGACGAUGCCAAGAAUGCCUUCAAGAACUUCAUCAACUCCAGAAACCCGGAAUUCUACAAUCGUGGAAUAAAAAAGCUUGUAAAUCGUUGGCAAGACUGUAUUGAUUCAGACGGUAAUUACUUUGAUUGA